AUGACCUUCCUGGCGCCCGGUCAGAACUUCCCAGCCUGGCUGACUAUGUUUCUGGGAGAGGUUCGUUCCAUCCGCAGUUUUAGAGGCCUGGACUGCGGCCGGGAGGAGAGGCACGGCGAUCGGCGGGCCUUUCUUAGCCCAGAAGGGGACGCGGGCGGCGGGAGCGGGCCGGGCGGCUUCCCCACCAACGUCAACACCCGGGGCGGGCCGAAACCCGGAAGUCAACAAAGGGAGCUGAGGCGGCGCGGCGGCCGCCACGGAGCAGGACGGGAGCCGCUGUCGGCGCGUCCGGCUCUGGAGUCGGAGGGGCUGCGCUUCCUGCACGUCACCGUGGGCUCCCUGCUGGCCGCCGACGGCUGGCGCCUGGUCUUGGGCUGCAUCCUCCUGGAGGCCGUCUUUCCGAAGCUCUCCGCCCGCCUGAGGGCCUCCGGGCAGAGGCAGCCGGCCCGGCGGCAGCUGCUGUGGCUCGAGGAAGAGAAACGGCAAGGGACGGACAGCAAAUGCAAGAGGGGAAAAGCUAGAGCGGCCAUACCAGCAAAGCCUCAGGAAGACAGCCCCGGGCCGUCUCCGUCCAGCCUCCUCCCCAAACGGCCAGCAGACACGGCCAGCAGACAGGAAGGAAGCCUCUCCCCCAUAGGGUUACAACGCUUUGUCCGGGGAAGGAGGGGGAGCCUGCGCCUGGAGACCUGGACGCCGAGGCCCAUCAUCUGGCGGAUGAGGCUAAGGCCUUGCCUGUGUCACCCGACAACCAAGCAAGCCCAGCCCUCCACCCCCCAAACCCCUUCAGUUGCCUCACGCGCUUUCUCAGUGACCCGGCCAGGGGGGGAACAUGGGGCUCGUUUCUGUUCUCCCCUGCCCGCUUCCCACAGCCCGAGUCGGCAACAGCGGGCCUCCCCCUCCAAAGGAGCCCCCGGAGCUCCCUGGUCCGUAAACAGGGGGACGACAUAAAGGAACGGGCCCCCUCACACCGUCCUUUGCUCCCAGGACAGGUCUGACAAGGUUGCGUCGAAUGACGUCCUUCCUUGUAAAUGGUGAAGCCACCACCAAGGAUUACCGAGGCUCCCAGCUGACGGGGUUUUUCCGUAAGGCCUGCUUCCAGGCACCGACCACCUUAUAGAAGGUAAUAAAGGUUUCAACGAGCAUU